AUGAAGUUGGUACGAGACGAAGGCGUGAAGGCAAUCGUAACCAUGAACCAACCAGUAGAGUUACUGCCAAACCUCUUGGCAACACCAGUAUCUCCGGAGGAGUGGGAAAGCGCAGCAGUUGCACAGUGUUUUGGCUCGACGGGGGACUUCUCUCCGCCGACCUUGGAGACCAUUCAGAGAUGUGUGGAAUUCGUCCACGAGCAGGUUGACGUAAAGCAGAACACGACGUACGUGCACUGCAAAGCGGGGCGAGGGCGGAGCACAGUGGUAGUGGUGGCCUUCCUGAUCCAGUAUCGUAACAUGACGCUCGAGGCGGCCUUUGACUUGGUGAAGACCAAGAGGCCUCACGUGAGUCUCCAUCCUAAGCAGCGCCGUAUCCUGCUUGAGUUCAGUGAGAAGUCCUCGUCGUCGUCCUCAUCGUCACCUACAGCGAACGCGCAGUCAUAAAUACACACCCGAUUGUCUGGAUAAA